AAGCAAAGUUAUAUGAACGAACGACGCUGCUGUGCUCAGAUUACACAUAAGCUGGAGUCGGGUGGAGUCCAUGCGGAAUUUGAGGAGAACGGAUUUACAAUUUAAAAGAUAGCUAAUUUCUAGAUUUGGUAGCAUUAGGGCUUGUAAUUGACAUCAUGACGACCACCACCACCUUCCAAGGAAUGGAACCUGGUUCAAAAAGUAGCUCCAGGGUGUUGAGGCCCCCCGGUGGUGCCUCGAACAUAUGCUUCGGUUCAGAAGAGGAGAAACCCGUCCGGAAGAACAAGAUGGCCUCUAACAUCUUUGCCGGACCCGACGACCCUCAUGCUCACCGCAGGAACAACCCACCAAGUGGAGAGGCGAGUGGGGUGCUGUGUGGAGAGUCGUCUGCCCCGUUGAGACGCUGCCCCCAGAGCCCCAUCUACACCGAGCUGGCACCGCCACCCGCACCCGAGCCAGAACCCUCGCCCUCUCGCAGAAUUAACAAGGUUGAAGACCAGCAGCAGCCUAACGACGAUGGGGAGGAGGAAGUGACCAAUAACAACGAGGAGAGCUCCGAGAGCUCGGCCGCCCCUGCCCCCACAGGCAGGAGAAACCCCCCUGGGGGAAAGUCCUCAGUCAUCCUGGGCUGAGGAGAUCCCCCUCCACACUCCCUACUUUUCUUCGGUUGUUUGUUUUGAUUUCUUUUCAUUUUUUUGUAUCUGAUUACUUUUUUAUUUGUUUUCAUUUAUGUAAAAAUAAUCGCCAUGCUUUCUUUUUUCUUCCCCCAAGCUUACCUCUUGAGCUUAACAGGGAUGUGAUUGUCCUGCACUCUCGUUUUCACAUUUUUUUCUAUCAAAACGAAAAGAGAAAAAAAAAAGAAGAAAGAAAAAGAGCAGAACCGACCGUUGACAUGCACUUUAUGUUUGUCUCUCUUCCCCCCACGUCAGCUUGUCCUGCGCAGCACAACGGAUACACACAUGAAACAUACACACACAGAGACACAGCAGCCUGAGCACUCCUCCCUCAGUCUGUCUCCCCUCUUGCCCCGCUGUGUGAACGUGUCCCGAAAGAAAAAUUUUUGUUGCGCAAAAAAAGUUUCUAAGUACAAUAAAGAUUGAUUAUAAAAUUGCA